UCCAUGGGUAAUUCAACACAUUAUACGACCGUUAUAUUGGCUGGUUACAUUGAUAUAGGAAACAUUAAAUAUUUAUUUUUCACUAUUUUGAUAUUAUUAUUUUUCGCAAUCAUAUUUGCAAAUCAAUUGCUCAUUGCAGUAAUAUGUAAAGAUAGGUCUUUGCAUGAACCUAUGUAUGUUUUAUUAUGCAGUUUGUCUAUAAAUGAACUGUAUGGCAGCAUUGGUCUGUUCCCAUCACUUUUAAGCAACAUGUUACUCUCGAAAACUCCUGAGAUUUCACUCACAUUUUGCCAUGUUCAGAUAUUUGUUUUGUACACCUAUGCAUCAGCUGAAUUCUGUAAUUUAGCUGUUAUGUCCUAUGACAGGUACAUAGCCAUCUGUUACCCUUUGGAGUAUCACAGAAUAAUGUCUCCUACCAUGACUGUUACAUUACUUGCAUUGGGGUGGUCCAUAUCGUUUAUCAAAUUUUCCAUCACUUUGUCUGUUAAUGUACAGCUAAAAUUGUGUGCAAAUGUAUUGGACAAGGUAUGGUGUGACAACUAUAUGCUUGUAAAAUCUGCAUGCUCAGACACCACAGCAAACAACAUCUCGGGCAUUAUCGGUACCACUGUGACUAUUGUCGCACCUCUAGCGUUAAUUUCGUUUUCCUACACACAGAUAUUAAAAAUCUGCGUAAUGUCUACAAGAGAAACUACCCAAAAGGCUAUAACCACUUGUGCUCCACACCUUAUAUCACUACUGAAUUUUUCUAUUGGUUGUGUAUUUGAGAUUAUCCAAAGCAGAUUUGAUCAACUGAACAUGCCUCCUGUACUGCGUGUGAUUCUGUCUGUUUAUUUUCUUAUUUGUCCACCACUCGUCAAUCCUAUCAUGUAUGGAAUGAGGCUUUCUAAGAUAAAAACAGCACUUAAAAAGAUGAUUUAUCCUUCUGUUUGGAACCACAUAAAACCUGUAUCAUUAUAG